AGCAACUUGAAAAAGAAUUUGAAGAAACUAUAAUGGUGUCUCAUUUCAAUAUCCGAGUCAUGCUUCUGUUUACCAUUUGUUCUUCUGUUACACUCAUUCAUGUCUAUUGCUUCGAGUUCCAAGUCGGUGAUAGAGCUGGUUGGAUCGUUCCUCCGACGAAUCACACUAAAUUCUACAACGAUUGGGCUUCUGAAAAGCGGUUCAAGAUCGGUGACAUUAUUCGUUUCAAUUACAGAAAGGAUUCAGUGAUGGAAGUUAGUGAAACGGAGUACAAGAACUGCAACACAACACGCCCUACUUUCUUUUCAAAUACUGGGGACACCAUAUUCACCCUUGAUCGCCAUGGAUUUUUCUACUUUAUAAGUGGAUCUUUUGGACAUUGCCAGAGAGGCCAGAAAAUUAUCAUAAGAGUUGUUGAGCAAGAUCAGGUUAAAAAUGCAACUUCUUCUGCCUCGAGAAAUCCGACAAUUUUAUCUUAUAAAUUCUUUGUAAUAGUUUUUGUUUUUCUUUGUCUUGCUUGAAAUUUCUUACCUAGGAUUAAUUUCCCAUUGAUAGUUUGUGUUAUCUAAUGUUGGUUUUUUGAUUUUUUUGAGGGGUCUUGAUUUCAUG